AACGACAGUUCAAUCCAAUCGAAUUGGUUCAACUAUCAAAAUCUUGCGUUACGUUGCAUUGGGGUGAAGGUCAGUUGAUACUCAGUAUGUUCAGUAUGCUUAUUGGAAUGCUUUAUGCAAUUUUUAUAUCAAAUUCAAAACUAAAGUUCUAAAUCACAUUUUAUGACUGGAAGCCGAACGAGUCUAGUAUAGAGAUAAACGAAACAACCGGAACUAAUAUUCAGAUAUAUCUGAAAGAGCUGUAGCUCUUAAUCAGCCUUUUGUGUGGGCAGAUUUCAUGUUUUUGACAAAUGUAAUAAUAUCCAACAAGUUGAUCUGCCUAUAAACGGCGAUAACUCGUCCGUAUGGAUAUAUAGAGAAAAUUUGUCUGGCAUACAUCGUGAUGUCGUCCAAUGUUGGUCUUAUCAGUCGUCAAUGCAAACGUACGUGCGAUCGUUACCAGUUUUUCGACCAAAAAAUAGCCGUCGAAAAGUUAACUGGUCUUGUUUUAGUUGGCGAGACGUUCAGCAACCAUUGUUCUGAAAAUACAGAUGCGAAAACAACAAAUCCUCCAACGAAAAAUUACAUUUCUUCCCUUCAGAAGUUUCAUUGUAAUAUAUGUCAAUUGAAAAUGGAUAAUGCAGUAGAUAUGCGGGAACACUUCAAAAGUGAAUGGCAUAUCUGCAAUAUAAAUCGAUCCUUACGUGGUUAUUGUCCACUAAAUUUUGAUCUAUUCGAAACUUUAAGACAAGAGAAAAUAGAAAAUGUUUCGGAAAUAAAUACCACCGAUCAAGUUGGAAUGAGUCCAAUUAAUUCGCUGUCAGCAACUAUAGAACCAAAUAUUGACAACAAUGACUGUGAUCAUGGUACAUCAUCUAAAAUGGUUACUAAUUCGUCACUUACUGCAUCGUCACAUAAGCAGAUGUUAUUUUUCCGAAAUUAUAAUUCAGAAAUAGUUGGAAUAAAUCGUUGUGUUCUAUUUACUAGGAAGACUAUGCCUUUAACAAUGGAUGAGUUGCUGGCAUCUGUUUCGCGUGUUCGACAAAGUCGGAAAUGGGCUAUUCUUCUUUAUUCUGGAGGUAAAUUCGCUGGUGGCAUUUUUGAUGGAACAAACGAGAUUGUUCAUAAAACUUUGCGCAACUACACAGUACGCGCUAAACAAGGUGGUGGUCAAUCAUCUUAUGAUUCACAAUGUGGUGGUCUUGGCGGAGUGAAAUCAGCUGGUGCUAAUCUUCGACGUCAUGGUGAAGCAACUAUUCGUAAUGAAAUAAGUGAUCUUUUACAUAAUAAAUGGCGUGUUCUGUUACAAUCUUGCCAGCUGAUAUUUUUGUGGUCUCCCAAAGUACAUCGAAGUAUAUUUUUUAAUCCACCUGUAUCAUCCUCAUCUGUGCCAUCUAAUCAUAAAUUUACCGGUGAUAAUUUUAAUGAAUCAACUGACUAUUCUUCGAUUAAUUCCAGUUAUCGGAUUUCCUCACCUCUUGUCCCAGAUUCAUUAGCUUCAAAAGCUUGUGACUGUCGACUUGGAAUGACAAUAGAUGAUCCAAGAUUACGCAGAAUACCUUGUCGUAGUAAACAUAUCACAUAUUUACACGUAAAAGAAUUACACAAAGAAUUGUCAACUUUUGAUGUUUAUGAUCCUGAUGCUAAUCUGGAGUUUCUCAGUAAAUCAGGUCGAAAUCAAUGGCGCAAAUUAUCUGAAAGCGGUGAUGAAACUUUGUUAGAAACUAAAAGUGGUCGAUUAAUUUACGGUCCACUUAGCCUACUGGAAACUAGUCCUAAAAAGAAUUUAUUGUCAUCAAGUUCAGAUAAUUCUGAUUUGUCAGAUUGUGUCAGUUCACAAGACGAUACUGAUGAUGAUAGCAAUGAUGAUCGAGUGGAGCAGAUUAUGAACUCAGAAAAUAAUAUUAGGAAAACCACAGAAACUGUCAGGAAGACGAAACCAAACAGUCAAUCUUCAUUGCUUUCGACUUCCAACGAUUCUGAAAGUAAUGAUGUCAAAGCAAUGACUGAUAAUUUCGAAGAUUUAUAUUUCACCUAUCAAAGUUGGCAUAGACGUUUACGUGUAGCAAUUGCUUCUGGAGAUUUGGUUAUUUUACGAUCUUUAUUACCAAUGGAUAUUUCCAAUAUAACUCAAAGCGAUAAUUUAAACGAAUUGGAGGAAACAGUUCAUAAUUCAACUGCUUCUUUGAAUACUACUACCACUACUGCUGUUACUACGACUAAUAUGCUGACCACCACUAAUACAUCCCCUACUGAGUGUACUUCACCUGGAUCAUCAACUGUACCACCAUAUCGUGUUUGUUUAAAAUUAAUUAAUCAUCCAUUAACUGAUGGACGAAGACUUUUACAUGUAGCUGUAGAAUUUCAAAGUGAUCCUGAACUAAUUCGUUUAUUACUUGAAUGUGGAUGUGAUCCAGCAUUUAGUGAUGGGGAUGGUAUAACACCUUAUCAAUUAGCUACACGAUUGCAUAAAAAAUCAAUAGCUAAUGUGUUUCGACGUUUCCGAUUUCAUCAUCCGAAUCGUUAUGAUUAUGAAAAAGCUAAAAUACCUGCUCCACUGGAUCCAUCAAAAGAGGCUGCCAAACUUGAACGUGAUCGUGAACGCACAAAACGACAAAAACAACGACAAAAAGAAAAACGUACUGCAGAACGUGCAGCUAUUGAACAACAAAAGAAAGAUGCUGAAGAACAAGCACGUUUUUUAGCUUUAUCCGAUCGCGAAAAAGUGAAUAUUGUUUUUACUUGAUAAUAAUAGUAAUAAUUUGAAAUGUAAAUUAUCGGAUGAUAACUCAGUGAUUUAAAGACUAAGUGCUCUUCAUAAUACCUAAAAGUUCUGGGUUUGAUCUCCAGUGGCGGGUCGUGGAUAGUUACACGUAUGAGUAGUUCUAUACUGGAUGAAACAAUGAUCCAAUGCUUUCUAGUUUUCAAUAGUCGUUUCAAUAAAAUCAAUAGUUCUCAAAAAGAUAAUAGUCAUGAGAUCACGUCCUAAUUCGGUGUUGUAUUUGUUUAGCAUUGGAUCAUUUUACAUUUAUUUGAUGUAAAUCUCAUUCACUUUAGCAACAUUGUGAUAUCUAAUUUUGUAUUUCCCAUAUUUCGGUUAUUGGUGACUAAUCAUCUCUCUAAGAUUAGUGUAUAAUUAAAUGUAUUUUAGCCAAAGCAUCGUCGUGUUUUUUCUGAAGGGUGAAUAAAUUCCUCAUUUGUCAUCAAUUUUUGUCUUCUUUCUUGUGUCAUGGAAAUCCCAGCAUUUUCAUGUCCCCAUUACCAGCUUUAACAAUAAUAUGAAACAGUGAUGUAAUGAUUAGAGCAUUUGACUUUCAGUCAGUUGUAGAAUGACAACUAAAACUUUGUUACACUUAUUUAUUAUUCGGAUAGUUGAGUAGUAUCGAUAGUUUUUCCAGAAAAUCUAUCGCUAUCUACUGGAUAACUUCGUGUUUGCAGUGAUAGGUACUGGGCUUGAGUGACAAUGUGAACACCAACACUUAGGCACCUGAAUCCAGUUGACGAGUCCUAAAUAGUCCUAAAUUUGCUUUACUGACCACGCUACCGGGCACGGUCAAACUUUGCUACAACUUGUAAUUGAAGAUAUCGAUGCCAUCUGCUCUGGAUGCAGAUAUGUUAGUAGAGACUGAUCACAUCCAAAUCAUAAUGCCAACAAUGGAAAAACUGAACACAUGACUACAAUAUUUUUUAUUCCCACUAUUACAGUUCUAUUUACCUGGUUGCUGUUCGAUAUAUGUAUCUUUGUUACCUGUGAUGAAUUAAGGUCUCCUAUCCAUUUCUCUUUGUUUUUUUCCCUUGGGUUUUAAAAUAAAAUAACAUACAUUAGCGUGCUAUCGUGACAGAACGUCGU